CUGCUGAUGCAUAACAAAUCAGACAUUUUCAAAGGGAUUCCACAUGUAAUCAAUAUCCAAGGAAUUAUGAACAUUUAUUACGUGUUUCACGUUACAGGUUAUCUUUAUUUACGAAGUACGGUGAAGCUCGACCAGCUGAAGUCAAAUCCAGCGUUAUUGAAAUCUUGAAUUACGAAGGAAGUGAUCGAUUUGCUUGCAACCGCAGUUUGGCGGGAGAAGACUCAACCCAACACACAAUCCGAUUAAUUUUCCAGCUUUGUUCAUGCCUAAAUAACUUUCAGUUGAAGCCCAAUACAAUAUGGCUAACUUCAUCAUCCAGUACCACAGAAGAGUCUUUCUAGUUGUUCUAAGUAUUCAUUUGCUUGUGGCCUUGCAGCGUUUAGUAUUUGACUUUCUGGGUUACAUUUGGUUGCUUGUAAUCCUGGGAAUUGCAGAACUUAUUUUCAUAAUUGUUGGUUUAUUUGGUGGCUAUCAACAAAGGGCAAAGUACUUGUUAACUUUUGCUGUCUGGUCUGUGUUUUGGAUACUGCUGAACAUUGUUGUUAUGAUUCUCUACAUUGGUGUUGGCUCUUUUACACAUGACAAUAAUUGGCUGAGUUUUAAUCAGAAGAAUUCAAGUUGGUAUGCAGAGCACGGGAUUGGCUGUAAGCUAGAAAAGGAACCCCAUUCAUUACAAAAGGUUCCCAAAGGAUGUGCCUUGAAUUUCAAGUAUGUAGAAAUUAUCCAGGCAUCGCUGCAAGUACUGCUUGGGGUAAUUGGCUUUAUUCUUGCGAUUGGAUUAAGGAAAAAGGUUAUCAUCGCCAAAGAUGUGUAUGUUGUUGGUAGAGUCAACCCAUAUGCGUCCUACGUCAAAUCAAAUCAAGCAGCUCAGGUUUCGAGGUCAAGACCGGCAAUUAUAACCACAUACAAUUGAAUGGCUGAAAAGUUGGUAAUGAUUUCAUUAUUUGGUAUUUUGGCAAAAAAGUUUAUUGAUGUGAAUUGCGAAACUUUUUUGGAAAAGUUAUUGUGCAACUGGCUGUGUUGUGCAAGAAGAUGUUCACUUAACUAUUUCCCACGAAAAAGAUCCUCUAUUGCUUAUGGAUGUAGUUUUCAGCUAGAAGGUGGGAAAUUUUCUUUUGGGGGGGGGGGUGAUUUGGAGGGUAGAGCGAUAGUUUCAGUUUUUGAUGACAAGAAUUAGAAUAUGUUAAUAUUCUUUUAAGACUCGUUUAUUUGAUAUCAUUCGAAAUGAUAUCAUCAAUGUUUAUCAAUGUUUUAUUGAAUCGUAUACAAUGCAGCUUCAUAUGAAAGGGUUUAUUAUUUUUCCAGAAGAAUAAUUUUAAAGUCGUGUUGUGUAUUUUGUAUUUUGAACAUUUUAGUUUAAGUUAGCUCCAAUUUUACUGGAAGUAAUCUUGAGGAAUUUUACUUGGGGAAGGGGGGUGAAGAAUCUCAACAUUGUCUGUCCAAGAUUAUAGGUUAUGCAGCCUGUAUAAUUCCCUUAGAAUGGUGUUUCCCUGAAGUUUCGCUUAUAUGUGCAAUUUAACGUUAAUUUUUGGAUUUUUUUAGUAUGCAAUGUUCUUCAUUUAGGUAACAACUUUGACUGUUUUAUAGGUUAAGUAGAAAUUGUUAGGGUAGCAGUUAUUUAACCUAUUUGGUACUUGGCAGAAUAUUCUGAAAAUUAUGUAAUUAUUCGUGUCGAAAAGGCAUAAAUCAGCUGUUGGUAUUUUGCAAAUAAAAUUUAAUUUCAACGUGGUUCAAGCCACACUGUCAAAUAGUAUUCGACUAAUGAGGGUCAUGGAACUGUAAAACUCCUUUAUAAACAUAUAUCUCUUCGCUCGUCCGUUCGGUAAAUAAGAUGUAUUUUCAUCUGCUGAAUAACUUCAUGAGUGGUUUAGGCCAAAACUCACGCAUAACACCUGCGCCUAGCUCUUAGCCAAUUCCAUCCAUAUUCAUGACAUGCAUGCCCGCCUGUGUCAAGGUGAUGAGUGCAGAGAACUAAAGAGAAAAAUAACCCGCUUUAUGAAUUAAAGUCGCCUUAAAAACGGAGAUAACGUGGAGAUCGACCGCCGAAGGCAUUGCAGGAAUAAAACACUACAUGGCAUAAAACAAGCGGUUUUACACGAAACACAUGGCUUCAUGCAGCUAAGAGCUGAUUUUAUUUUCAUAUGACGCGAAUUUCUAGUGGAUGAUUGUGGCAAUUUCCCUUCGCAUUUCAUUCAUGACAAACCGUAAUAUACACCAGGUGCAGGAGGACUCUUCAUUUAUGUCUGAUACUAUCAUUUGAGUAUUUUCGCUUCGAUCAUGAGGUCAGUUAAAAUGAUCGACAUCAUAGUACCAAGGGCUUUCGAAGCCACAAACACUAUCAUGUGUCAAUUGCACACCGUAUUCAAUUAUAUGUAGAUGACUUCGUUACUGUGCGUUUUAGCGUUGGGCUUGUUGCGCUGUUUUGUAGUUUAUCAGUCCUUUAAUGACUCGUUUGUAUCAAACAAGGAAAGCAGCAAACCUACACAAAAGGCUCAAGGCCCCCCCCCCCGUUUUUUUUUAAUUUGAAGGCCCUCAGUUUCAGCGACAAUUUACUAGUAGAUAGUUCUUGACGUAUAUACCAAGUAUGAUAAUAGACAAACGGAAUCAUUAAUUAAUUACGCAUUGUUUCAGUGAAUUUUAGGAUGUUGUAAAAUAUUAAUCAAUUUUUGUACGCAGAAUAAUGCAGAUAUGUAAGCUAUGUAAGUCCUA